AUGACGGUCACUUUUCUCGUCCGACUGGCCUGGAUUGUCUGGUCAUUCGGAUUGGUCGCCGGACACAAACACGCCAAACAUUGGAAAUCAGAGUUCCUGGAGGACCACUGCAGUCGUAAGAUCAAACUACACUUGUUUCAGAGAUUUGAAUUGACACGUGAUUUGUUCUACAAACAUGGAUGGCACUGUGACGUCACACUGGAGGCACCAGCCCAUCACGUGGUGGCGAUUGCGUUUCAGAAGUUUGAUAUCGGUCGCUCGAAAUCGGUAGUCUGUGAAGACGCCUUACGAAUAUAUGACGGUGAUAGUAUAAGAUCGUCAACAAACAAAGGCCUUUGUGGUCAGAUGAUACCGCAACAUGUCAUGUCCAGUAGUAACACACUGACCCUCAAAUUCAAAAGCCGGUACAUCACGACUGGUGCAGGUUUCACUAUAGACGUCACAACACUUGGAGUUGCUGAAAACGAUAGUGAUUCCAAUCCAGAUUCCAGUUCAUGUCCAGACAACAGUUUCCGGUGCAUGGAAACGUUUUGUCUUGACCGAACUUUGGUAUGUGACGGUGUACCAAACUGCCGCGACAAAUCAGACGAGUCUGCAAACAGCGCAGGCUGUGCAGGGUUGGGAGCUAGUUGGAUCGACUUGAGCGUCGGAGCGAGAGUAGCCAUAUUUUUUGUCGUUUCCUUUCUCCUUAUCGGAAUGUGUGUAAUGAUUAUAUACUGUUUGUGUUGUCCAGCGUCAGCCAAACCUGUGGCCGCUUAUCUAUCCUACAAAAAGAUUUAG